AUGAGCCACGGAAACUCGUCCUCGACUGGUGGCAAUAGUCAUCAGAACUUCAAUGUGGUCCGCGAUGGGCGCAGUCCCGACACUGCCUUACUCUCGUUCGGAAUUCGCAACCACCCGGACGAAGAGUUCAGAUACUUGGCCCACCACUUGGGUCAAUGGAUCCUCGUCAACGCCGCCGAGGGUAGGGAGUACACCCAACUGGGUACUCCCGUCUACAAUGUUGACACCCUGACACCUGUGGAAUGGAUUGCACCACUCCCUGAACUACCGCAGACGACUGCCUUCAACCGGGAGUUCGAAGACAUCAACGAGGUCAAUCGUCAGUUCGAUGAAACUGAUCGAGGUCAGGAGAGCUCCAAGAACAAAGACAAAUCCUCCAAGGCCGCCAACCUCAAGAAUGCCGGCAAGGAACCAAAGUCCGGUCCUGGAUCUGAGGAUCGCAAGCCUGGCCCAGACUUGGGCGCCGGGGGCGAUGGUUCUGCUGGCGUCACAACUUAG